AUGGCCAUCACGUCGGACGAAGUGAAUUUCCUCAUCUACCGGUACCUGCAAGAGUCGGGCUUUUUGCACUCGGCGUUCACGUUUGCGUACGAGAGCCAGUUGGCCAAGUCGAGUGUGAUCCGUACCGAAGUGCCACCCGGUGCGCUCGUGUCGUUUGUGCAAAAGGGGCUGCAGUAUGUCGGCAUUGAAGCGCAUUUGAACGAGGAUGGAACGGAGCGCGAGUGCAGUGGCGAGUUUUCGUUGCUGAGUCCGCACAUUUGUCGUGUGGCACAGUCUGCUUCUAGUAGUGCAAGGUCGUUCAAGUCGGGUAACAAGCGGAAGCGGAAAGGAGAGGGUUCGCCACAUGCCGUGGAUGAGAUGAAUGGCGUAGACAAAUUAGACAAGGAGGCACUCGUGCUGCUGAGUGGACACGAGAAGGAAGUAUACGCUUGCUCGUGGAACCCAAUGACAAAUGUUUUGGUGUCGGGGUCCAGUGACUCGACAGCGAGGCUCUGGACACUGCCAAACAAGGUGGAAGAUGAAAAAUCGAUGGUGCACAAGAUCCUUGAUCACGGCUCAGGACCGCACAAGGACGUCACAACUCUCGAGUGGAACCAUGAUGGAUGUUUGUUAGCGUCAGGAACGUACAACGGCAAGACACGGAUAUGGGAUGCGGAUGGCGAGAUCAAGCACAUGUUCCAGUACCAUAAUGGACCGGUGUUCGCGACACGGUGGAGCAAGACUAGUCUGUUUUUGCUUAGUGCGAGCUUUGAUAAGACUGUUGCUGUGUGGGAUGCUACGACCGAAACGAAAAGGCAACAGCUCAAGCUGCAUGAGGAUCCAAUCCUAGAUGCAUCGUGGAAGGAUGACUCUACUUUCGCUACAUGUUCAUCGGAUAUGAGUAUUUGUGUCGCUCGCGUGGGAGAAACAAAAGCUGAUAUGGUGUUGCGGGGUCACAAGGAUGCAAUCAACUCUGUCAAAUGGGACCCGUCUGGUCGAUUUCUGGCAUCCUGUUCUGAUGACUACACGGUAAAGAUCUGGGAACCAUUUGCAAAAGCUGCUGACAAGAAGGAGACAGAGUUUGGCGACGACAUGGAAGUGGACAGCUGUAAAAACAGCGAGGUGGAUCCAGCAUCGGAUGCAGCAAGUUCAGUAGCACUGGUGUAUACUCUGCAAGAGCACAAAAAGGAAGUAUACACGUUUCGUUGGAGUUGUACGGGCCCCGGCACGGCUCUACCAGACCAACCCCUGACAUUAGCCAGCGCUUCGUUUGACGGCACCGUGAAGCUAUGGGAUGCAGAAUCGGGUUCUUGUAGGAGAACAUUUGAUCACCAGUAUCCAGUAUAUGGUGUUGCGUUUAGCCCGGAUGGACAACACUUGGCUAGCGGAACCGUUGGGGGCAUGGUCAAUGUUUGGUCACUAACGGACGGGUCCUUACUAAAGAUGUAUCAGGCAAAUGGUGAUGUCUACGAAGUCAAUUGGAACAAACAGGGUGACCAGAUCGCCGCAUGCGUAUCUAGUGGUGACGUCGCAAUUAUCAAUUUUCGAUUGUAG